CGUCGCCGCUACCUUGACUAACAUCAAAAUAUUUACGACUGCUUUUUGCGCUACUUGCUUAGCAAUUUUGCAUAUUUUUAAAUAUUAUGCACUCUGGCAUCAUGUAGUUUAAGUUAAAUUAUAAGUGACUUAAGUGAUUUACAAACAUUCCUAUUUGCUUCGGAAGAUUAUGGCAUCUGCGACUUUAAGCACCAAAAACAUAAUCAAAUUGCCACUAUGCUUUUGCAUACUCUUAAAAUGCAUCAUCUCCACAUGUGUCUGCUGUGCUUGAUUGCAUUAGCGAUACUUUCCUACUUCGUUCAUCAGCGUCCUUCUUGGGUAACCGACUAUAAGGGAGAGGCAGGUGGUUUUAGCGAAGCACAAACAUCGAAACCUCCUCUAUAUAUCGUUGUCGUUUGCUGCGGUCAAAGGGUCCAGGAGACUCUGGUUAUGAUCAAAUCGGCCAUUCUCUUCAACUAUGACGAGGAGUACUUAAAAUUUUUAAUUUUCACUGAGAACGGGCAGGGUGAUGAAUUCACGGAAAAGCUGACAGACUGGCGGGACAUCAAACCGUUUACUUUUGACUUUGAGAUCCUGCCAUUAAAGUUUCCCAGUCACAAUGAAAUCGAAUGGAAGAAUCUCUUCAAGCCAUGUGCAGCUCAGCGUUUGUUUCUCCCGUCUCUGCUAACGAACGUAGACUCAUUGCUGUACGUUGACACGGAUAUUUUAUUCUUGUCCCCUAUAUCGGAUAUAUGGCGAUUCUUCAAGAAGUUCAACGAGACUCAAAUCUCAGCGCUGACCCCGGAGCACGAGAACGAAAACAUUGGAUGGUACAACCGCUUCGCAAGACAUCCGUUCUACGGCCGACUCGGCGUGAACUCUGGCGUUAUGCUAAUGAAUCUCACACGGAUGAGGGACAUGAAAUGGGAGCAACAUAUCUUGGCUAUUCACAAGGAGUACAAACUGCGAAUUAUCUGGGGCGAUCAAGACAUCAUAAACAUACUAUUUUACUUCCAUCCCGACAAGCUGUACAUCAUGCCAUGCGAAUACAACUACCGUCCAGAUCACUGCAUGUACAUGAGCAUUUGUAACAUGUCCCACGCCGGCGUUAAGGUAAUUCACGGAAAUCGGGGCUAUUUUCAUUCCGACAGGCAACUACUUUUUAAAUCUAUUUACGAAUCCAUGGAGAAUUAUCAAUUGGGGUCAAAUGCCAAUACCCAAUUCCUAAUGCCACUCCAUGCAGCACUUAAAAUACAAUCCGUCAAUGAGUCUAGCUGUGGAAAGAUAUCAACUGAAGUCUUAAAAGUUGCGAAUACAGUUCUUAGCAAUAGGUACAGGGAAGAGUAGUGUGUAGUGUACAUAGAGUAUUAUUAGAAAUUUUAGAAAUGAGAUUUUGCAACGAAAUGUACUUAAUUAUAGAUAUACGUUUUUAAACAAUGAUAAAAACUGAUGAUUGUACAAAGAUCUGUGAAAAGAAUACACUGGGAGUCUAGAAAUGAUAAAAAUAUUGAUGUAACGAUCCUGUACCGAUAUUUGAUGCGACUUUUUGGACUUUUCGUCUUGAUUGACAAACCCAAUCCAUGAAAUAUAAA